CUAGCUUCCAAAAUUCAAUCCUGUCUGUAUCCCUCCCCCGCGCCAUGCAUAUCAUACUUCCAGAACAAUGGCAUGGCCGCCUCCCGACUGAGACCUGGCCUAUACUCUCUCUCUCCCUACCCGCGGGAGGGGGACGUCGGACGCGUUCCGUACGGUACGGUACCCGAAGUGCAGCCGCCGCCUUGACCUGCUUUCGGUGCUCAACUCUUAUCAAAUCGCGGGAUCGACGGCCGAUAGGAUCAACUCCUCCGCACUCACCACCAGCUUGGCUUGACUUGACUCACGCUUUUUUUUAUCUAGCGCUUACCAGCUAUCUCUGCUCUGCUACAUAUACAACCAUGUCCCAGUAACAUUGCUCUCAACCCAAUCCCUCAACUACUAUAUAAAAGAAAAACUGCAACCUCCACCAUGGCUACCGCCACCAACAACAUCGUGAUUCUGGGGUAGGCCUGUUUCCCCGCAAGUCGACAGCGACAGACUGUACCCAAGCCCAACU